GUCGGCGUCUCGGGCUCGGGCUCGGGCUCGGGCUCGGCUCGGCUCCAGCUCGGGCUCCGCGCGCCCCCCGGCCGGCCCCCGCCCUGCGCCCGCCUACCUGCUGCUCCCGCGCCCCGCGCCUCCUUCCCUCCCUCCCGCGCUCCGUCCCAGCGCCGGUUGUCGGAGCCCCGGGCUGGGUGCCGAUGGAACCGCCGCGAUGUUCGCUCCUCGGCUCCUGGAUUUCCAGAAGACGAAGUACGCGAGGUUCAUGAACCAUCGAGUCCCCGCCCACAAGAGGUACCAGCCCACCGAGUACGAACAUGCAGCCAACUGUGCCACCCAUGCUCUCUGGAUCAUUCCCAGCAUCCUCGGCAGCUCCAACCUCUACUUCCUGUCGGAUGACGACUGGGAGACCAUCUCUGCCUGGAUCUACGGCCUCGGCCUCUGUGGGCUGUUCGUGGUGUCCACUGUGUUCCACACGAUCUCCUGGAAGAAGAGACACCUCAGGAUGGUGGAACGUUGCCUGCACAUGUUCGACCGCAUGGUCAUCUACUUCUUCAUAGCGGCCUCCUACGCGCCCUGGUUGAACCUUCGGGAGCUGGGCCCCUGGGCCUCGCAUAUGCGUUGGCUGGUCUGGAUCAUGGCCUCUGUGGGCACCGUCUAUGUCUUCUUCUUCCAUGAGCGGUACAAGCUCGUGGAGCUGCUCUGCUAUGUUAUCAUGGGCUUCUUCCCUGCCCUGGUCAUCCUCUCAAUGCCCAACACCGAGGGCAUUUGGGAGCUGAUGACCGGAGGGGUCUUCUACUGCUUGGGCAUGGUGUUCUUCAAGAGUGACGGGAGGAUCCCCUUUGCCCACGCCAUCUGGCAUCUCUUUGUGGCAUUUGGUGCUGGCACCCACUACUAUGCCAUCUGGAGGUACCUCUAUCUGCCCAGCACCCUGCAGACCAAGGUGUCCAAAUGAGGUGGCCCAGACUGCACGGGGCAGAGCAUCCUGGGAAGUGUUUCUGUGAACGUUGGUCCAGAGCACAGCGCCCAGGCCCGUCUGCGCGUCCACGGGCAGAGCUUUGAUGGGUCUGAGGCUACUUCUGGUUGGUAACAGCCAGAACGUCCUUAGGGUCCCAGGUGAGAAAGAACACAUUUAGUCAUAUUUACAGAGGAGAAGUUAACCCUGUAAUGUGUUUCUAUUCUAGGCAAGCGUUUCCUAAUACAGACAACAUUAAUGUCUUCAGAAAAGGGAGCAGACAUUGUCCUGGCAAACUGGGGGGGACCCUGGGCCAAUAUGUGCUCCUUAAGGUCCUCAGAAAUCUGUUAGGGAGUCAGUGGGUUGUUUGUACCCGGCCAGCCAGGGCCUCCCCUGCUACCAAAGUCCUGGCUGGGGAAUCGCACCCUGUUCAGGGAGUCACCCAGCUUUACAUCAGGGAUGGUGAAUACCUGUGACCACAGCAGACAUUACCAAUCAACUGCAGCAUGGUGCGGCAUCAGAAUUCUCCUCCAGGCGGUGCUCAGCGCAGCUCAGCACUCAUGAUGGCGCCUCUUAGCCUUUCUUGCCUGGCGUGCUCUGCACUGGGGUCGUGGCCAGACCAGUUAAAUGUCUGUCUCCAGGCGGGGGAGCGUGCUUGCCUCCUGCACUCCUUCUCCCUUGUCCCUUUUGGGGAAGCCCCUGGAGUGGGCGGUCUGGGGCAGUAAGGGGAAACUAAGGCAGGCAACCUGAGCAUACCUGACCUUGUGCUCCACUGUCGCUGGUUCUCGGUGCAGAGAACCUCAGGGCAGACGUUCUCUUCUUAUGCUGACAAACCCAGAGAAGUUACCAGCCAUUCGUUGGUUGGGGGGGUGGGGGAGGGGGGGCGGCAGGCCUGGAACUUGCUGGCCUGCUCCACGUUUAGGGCUCGUGAUGCCAACAUUCGGUGAUUCUUGCUUGUUGCCAAUCAGUGGCCCUGAGAGGCUCCUCCCAUGAGCCCCAGAGGGAAGGUUCCAUAGGGAUCUGGGCAGAGUGUCCCCAGUGUUGGGAUACUCCCACCUCUGAAGCCCCCAGCAGCCCAAUGUCAAGGCCUCCAGGGACCUGUCCUCACAGCGUCCUCCAGGGGCUGGGCUGGCCGCUCUGACCUGGCGCAUGGACAUUUACUCGGGAGGGGAUCCAGGCCCAGCCCCCAAUCUGAAUGGGAAUCUCAGAAUCUCUGGAUCAAACCUCUGUCUCAAGGUAGACAGGCCUCAGUCUGCGACUCCCAACCAGAGUUGGGUGGGCAAAAAGACAGGAUGCCUUAUGCUUCGUUCUAGUACAUUCCAGGAUACUUCAGGGUCCCAGCAUCUGGAAUCCCCAUGUACCGAAGCCAGUUUUAAAUCAUCCAGCACAUUCCUGAGAUAGGCGGGUUCUGAGCCAGCAGAUGCUUUGGGGAAUUUUUUGCUCUCGGGCCUGUGCGUGGGUGUGUGCGGGUGUGCACACACGUGUGCAUGUCUGUGUGUCUUCGCUGGCAUUCCCAGCCUCUGGAAGCUGCCUUCAUCUGGUCUGCUCGCCAUCAGUUGGGGUCAGGGUUGGAGGGUGGGGAUGAGGAGAGGAAGCUUUGUGGGGGCGGGGCCCUGGGGAGGCCCUCUUCCCUGAAUGGGGGCAGGGACGCAGUGCUGUGAUCUCUGCCUGGGCCUGAGGCAGGGGGAGGGGCUCGCGUUAGCUCUGGGAAGCCCAUCAGGAAACCUCCCAAAGCAAGGCCCCAGCCCCGUGCCAAGCUGACGUGAAAGUCCUGUCACAGCCAAAGCCCCGUUACGGGACCGGGCCUGGGUGCCUGGGACCUGGGACUUCAGUGGCUCUGCAGCUGAGUUCUUUAUGUGAUACCUUCAUUUCCUGCCCCCUCCUCCUGCCGUUUUGGUCUUGCAUCAUUUUACACCCCCCCCCCCCCCCCCCGAGGCAGCCUGCCCCUUCGUGCCCCACACCUUUUGAGGCACUGGUUCACCCCUCCAUCCACCCGUCUCAUCCCCACUCCUCCUUCAAAGCCCUGCUCAGGCGUCAGUAUCGAGGGACUUCCGGCCUUCCUCUGACUUGGGGGGCUCCCGCCUGCUUCCCAACACCCCCCGUGCUCACCUGCACCACAGCUUUGAUCUCUGUCCUUUGUCACCCUGGUCCUUGCACCUGCUCCCCGACCCAGGAGCUCUUUGAGAGAGGCACGGUGUCCUGCUGGGUCUGACAUCAAAUCUGGCAUCUUCUGUUAGUAAGGGCUUGGGCCAGUUCCUUAACCUCUCUGUGCCUCAGUGUCCUCAGCUAUAAAAUGGGUAUAGUAAGGCGGCACUUCGCAGCGUUGCUUGAAGGUUCAGUAGGAUAACGAAUUAAACUCCCGGCCUCGUAUCCUCAUAGCUCUCUUAGUGGUCCACGUGAGAACCAACCUCUGAUAAUGAAGGUGACACCCUUCUAGGCGUGUCAGCGGUACUAGCCAGAGGAAUGAAUGACUAAUGGUGGAAUUUCAGACUGUGGACAGGCUGGUGAGGACACCGCUCUGUAGGGCCUUGACCACAUUCCUUCCCCUUAUUCCACUUCAGGGUGUUUCCUGUGAACCCUUUCUCUCCCUCAGCAUCGUUGUGAAAGUGAGUUUCCCAGCAUUCCAUUUCAUCUAAACCCAGACCUUGGACCUCUUCCAAAAUGUGUCACAAACAGUGCAGGAAAGGACAAGAUGUUGCUCAGGCCAUCCCCUCCUGUGGGUAAGCAUUCUAGUCUGUGCAUUGGACAUGCAGGGGUGGAGAGGGAGGGACACUGGGAAUUCAGAAGCCAGCCCCCUCUUCCUGGCCACCUUUGAGGCUGUCGUAUGCCAGGACGACCCAGCAAAGUGACCAUCAUGCCCCAAGGAGCCAGGGAGGCGGUUUGCAGACCUCUUUGACGUUCUGGGUGCUUCAGCAGCUGUUCCUGAGUUAGGUGGACACUGCUGGGGUGGGUGAGGGGUGGGAGCCGGUGAGCAGGGAGGGAUGAAGGCGGGUUGGGGAGGCUCCCGCCGCUUGGCCGGGCUGGGGGACAGGCCUGGAGGUGACAGCCUGCUGACUGAGUCCACUGGCGGUCGUCUGGGCAAGCCAGAGCAGGUGCGCUUGCUGGUGAGGCCUGCCUGCCAGCCGGUGGGAACCCCCUGAUGGGUCCUGGGCAGAACUUGCCGAGGGUAGUCCCCGGGGCCAGCGGUCUCUCGGGCCAGGGGUCUUUAAGCCAACGCCACACACCAGACCUGCCUUUCUUGACUGGAAAUUGCACGUGUGGUGGGAACGGGACGGAGCGUCCCUUCUCCCCAUCAGCAUCGGGCUCAGGCUGGGAGCACCCUAGGAGGGCACCGGUCACCGGUGGGUGCGGGAUGGGAGUCCCAAGUGGGUCUAGACUGACGGUGGGGGUGGGGGCCCCGCACAGCGGGGUGAUGUAGAGGGCUUCCCCAGAACGUGGCAUUCCUAGGUUUUCUGGGGUUUUCUGCACACCAAGCUCUCUUUUCCAUUUCGUCUGCAAAAGCUGAAGCGCUGGGAAUGUUUUCCCAGCUCAGGCCUCCUUUGGGAAGCAGGGGCGGGGACAGCUCAGGGGCUAAGAGGGGCAGGGAGAGCUCAGAGGUCUGAGAAGUGACUCUAGUGACUUAGAAAGCCACCGCCUACCGUGCAACCCGAUGCCGCAGGGUGGGCUCUGGGGACCUCAUCGUGGGGUCCUGAAAGGAUAGGUCCACUACCCCCAAGUCUGGGCUGAGCAUUUAAAAAAAAAUUUUUUUUUUGAUGUUUACUUAGUUUUGAGAGAGAGAGAGAGACAAGUGCAAGUGGGGGAGAGGCAGAGAGAAAGGAAGACAGAAUCUGAAGCAGGCUCCAGGCUCUGAGCUGUCAGCACAGAGCCCGAUGUGGGGCUCGAACUCAGAAACCGUGAGAUCAUGACCUGAGCCGAAGUCGGACGCUCAACUGACUGAGCCGCGCAGGCGCCCCUGGGCUGAGCAUUUUUAAUGAUUGAGAAAGCAAAACAAAGCACUAGUGUGUAGCAUUUGCUGAUUUCCCUGGUGUAAAUGCUCCCAUGGCCAGUUUCCAGCUACCCCAGUGACACCACCGAAGAUGCCUGGGGAGGGGAUGAGCGUCUUUGACCCUCACAAGCCCGCACGGGCCCGCCCAGCACGCCGCUGCCCCACCGCUUCCUGACUGUGCCCCCUCACGCACGGAGCCGGGCCGGCCCGGGAUGCCCAGUUGUGAGAACAAACCAGCUCUGCAGGGUCCCCGUGCGGGGUCAGGCGUGGCAUCGAGAUGCUCGGAAACUCCCCCUCGGGAGUCUGGAACCGGGAGCCGGUGGGACCUGAUCCAGGUCCGGCCCUACGCUGGGUGGCACCCAAGACUUUCAGCCACGUCCGGCAGCUCACGUGCGGGAUGGAGAUUGCGGUCAGCACACGGAACUGCUUUCUCUUGUGAACCGGGGGCAAAGACCAUGCCUCUGCUGGAGGAAGUCAGAGCAGUGUUCAUGACCCCAGGGCUUGGCCAGGGAACCUCCACAGGGCUUGGCUGAACCACAGAUCCAGCCCCCCCCCCGCCCACCACCCCGGGGACUGCUGAGCCAGUAGGUCAGGAUGGCACUCUGGAGUCUGCACUCUUCCGGGUGGUCUGGACACUGUUUCUAGAAGCCCUGCUCUGGAGCCCAUCCCCUUUGAGGCCGUGCCCUGCACGUUAGUGAUGGGGUCAUGGAGUCAGUCUCCAGAGGACAGACACGUGUCCGGGGUGGGGGGCACCAAACCACUGCUCUUGCUUUGGGUUCCGUUUCACUUAGUUUCCCAGAUUCGUGGCGUUAAUGCCCCUCAGCAGCCUGUGUUUAUGCACAGGCCGUUCCUGAAAUUGGGCUCUUUCACUGACGUUUCAUACGCUUUGUCCCAAGCCCUGUGAUUUAUGUCGUUUUUACAAGCACUCUAAGAGGUGGGUAUGAGCCCAUUUUACUGAUUUGGAGACUAAGGCUCAGAGGGGUCAAGUAACUUGUCCAAGGGCACACAGCCAGUAUGUGGCAGCCAUGGGCUCUCCCCCACUCCACUGUCUGCUCCCUAAAACACUGGCAACCCCAUUUUUGGGUUCCCAGCCCGUGGAUAGGAGCGCUUGAAAUGGUGGUAGUCUCCGUGUUUCUGUUUCAGCCGGUUCAUGUGCUCUGAACGGUUAUUGCAAAUGUGUGAGGCUUCAUUCAGUAGCCCCGCAUUCAGGCCAGCGUGGGAGACACGGGCAGAAACUCCCACCCAGUCUUUCAAAGGACACUCAUUUGGGGGAGCGUGUAGCCAUCUGGCUCCUAGUGGCCGGGUGGCUGGGAGGGGCCGCGCUGUGUCUCUCCCUAGAUUUACUCUGAGGACACUCUGGCCAGAUGCCGGCGCUCACCGCAGCAGCCGGAUUCCCUGCGAGGGCUCCGAGCCCCAGGUCCCGACGGGACACCUGCCCACGCACAGGUGGCUGGCAGGAAAUGUGUGGAUCCCAGACCCAUCGGCCUUUCUGGUUGCCUUACUUGAGGUGAGAUGAGCAAGUCUGGGAGCCUGAGCCAACGCUGACCUUGAACAUGAGCCAGAAGGGGUGGCACAGCUCAGUUUUGUCCCCGGAGAGUGACGAUGAGAGCGGGGCAGUGAUACGCCCGGGGCACAGAGCCAGGUCGGGCUGGGGCCAGUGCCUUUCCCUCCCAUACUUUUCUUUUCUUCCCUGGGUCCCGCAGCCCAUGCUCUGGGUAGAAGGCUGUGGCGAAUCCUGAGCCAUCCGGUGACUGGCUGUGCAGCCCUCUGCUGCCUCUCUCACAGCCUGGUGGCUCAGGCGGCAUGGCUCCCCCUGGUCUGGCAGGGAGGAAGCACCAGCCCUCCCCCGUGGCCUUGCUUUCCGUGCGUGGAUGUGAGAAGCUUCCCUCUUGCUGUGUGACUUUCGGCAGAUUACUUGCCCUCUCUGGGCUUUCGUCUGGUCUGCUGUUAAAAAGAGCUGGUUGGUCUUACUCAGCUGAUUGUAAGCUGCUGCCGGUCCAUUUCCGAACUGUGCACGUCAGGGAUGAGCACAGAGCCCAAACUGGCGGGCUGGCUGGCUUGACUCCGCAUGGCAGACCCUUCCCCAGAUUGAGGAGAGGUCCCCUGGGGGAGCAGAGGGCUGUGGACCCAGCUCCUCCCGGGAGUAACACUGAGACCCUCCUCUGUGCCCAGACGCCUCUGAUAGAUACCGUGUAGGGAAAAUAAAGGGAACUCCAGGGGACGGAGAAACACCAUACAUCACGUACAGAAGCUCUGUGCAGUCUGGUGUCGACCCGGGUGGCUAUUUACUCGUAAGUCCACUAAAAUUAAAUAAAAACAGAAAUUCAGUGCCGCAGGGGUACUAGCCACAUUUGAAGUGCUUACUGAGUAGCCACGUCUGGCUAGUUGCUCCCAGCGCAGGUAAAGACAAUCUUCAUCAUCCCAGAAGCUUCCGUUGGACAAACACUAGUACAUCAGUGGUUCUCAAACUUUUUGGAACCCCUUUGUGCCCUUAAAAAUCGUUGAGGACACCAAAGAACCUGUGUUUAUGGGCUAUCUCUAAUAUUGACAUUCAUCACCCUUGAAGUUAAAAGGGACAACAUUUGAAAAUACCUAUUCGCGUAAAGAUAACCUCAUUUCACAUUAACCUAAGUAACAUAUUUUUCUACUCAAAAUAACUAUUUUUUCCAAACAAAAGAGAUUCGGGUCGAGGCGUGGCAUUGUCUUACGUUCUUGCAAAUUUCUCGAAAUGUCUGGCUUAACAGUAGACAACUGGAAUCUCGUGCUUGCUUUGACACGAGCGUGUGCCCAUCGCCUGUGAUGUAGCCUCGGGAAACCUUUGCAUGAAGGCUGCGGAGGGACAGAUAAAUAAUGUAGCGGUAGUAUGAAAACAGCUUGACCUCGGGCCUUGGGAGACUUUCCCCUUUGUGGUACAGUUGGUAACAAAUGUUGCACACACCAACACUCUCCCAGAGCUGGAGCUGGAGAGGUGGGCGGGACUGGGAGGCAGAGGGGUUGUGAGCGACCGUCAGGGACACCCGGUUGAGGGCAGGCCCUACAUCUUUACCGAUCAUGCCCAGUGCCCAACACAGCACAUGGCACUUAGGUGCUCGGUGCACAUUUGUGGGGGGAGUGGGGGGAGCUCAGUCUGUAUCUCCUCCUCCUCUUCCGAGGUGGGGAAGGCGAGGCUCGGGAGCCUCCUGUAGGCGUCGGCCCUUCGCAUCCAGGCAGCAGACCCGAGCUUGAUAUUUUUGGAGAACUGGUUUAGCAGCUUCCACCGCCUGCAGCAGGGGUUCACCUUUCUCGGUUCCGUCCCCCUCUUUAUCUGCGUAACAGGCCAUAUACAGCCAGCUCUAGACAUGUACACAUUUUGUUCUUGUAUCUUUCUUGUAUGUUUCUCCCGGCAGCACCUGGCAGGAGGGAAUUGCUGUUUCCUUAUUACAUGGGGAGCCUGAGGCGGUUGGGAGAGGCCGCCUGACUUGCCCAAGGUCAUCCGGUGGUGCAGGGCAGGGCUGGAACCCAAGUCAUGGCCCUGGGGUGUCACACCCUCCUCCUUCCACUGGCUUGCUCCCUGUGAGCUGAGCUCUGGGGCAGCGGAUGAA